AUGGAUUACACUCACCUUGCGCCGAAUUCUGCGACGGAGUCUCUCAGAGACCACCCCUCAUCAACUCGUGAUUUUCAGAGUCGACCACAAACUCCAAUGGGGCCUGUAGUCGCUGGGGGUGAACCUGGACGAAAGCCUAGAAAGCUUGUUCUUUGUUUUGAUGGAACUGGUAAUAAGUUUCAUGGCGAUGAUAGCGACAGCAAUAUUUUGAAGAUCUUUCGAAUGUUGGAUCGCGAAGCGGAUGAUCAGUACCACUAUUACCAACCUGGUAUUGGUACAUACGUGAUCUCAGGAUCUCUCACCCACACCGGUAUCAAGGCUCGCUUUAGCUCUUGGUACCAAAAAGCCAAAGACUCUGCAAUUGGUUCUUCCUUCGAUCAGCAUGUCGUAGGAGGUUAUCGAUUCCUCAUGCGAUUCUAUAAUCCUGGCGAUGAGAUUUAUAUGUUUGGCUUCAGUCGAGGAGCGUACAUUGCGCGAUUCCUGGCCGAGAUGCUUGACUAUGUUGGUCUCUUGUCGCACGGUAAUGAAGAAAUGGUCAAAUUCGCUUGGAAGGCGUUUUCUCAAUGGCAAGGUCGUGAGUCAGUCCCCGAAGACGAUGAAGAAGACUGCAGCAAGGAGCCCGACAAGCGAACCAAACGGAUAAAAGAGAAGAGAGAGGAAAUGUUUCGAUUCAUGAAGGGUUUCAGAGAGACGUUCUCCCGCCCUGUUGGUCGUAUUCGUUUCCUUGGCCUGUUUGACACAGUCAACUCGGUUCCCAGCUUUGAGACUGCUUGGAUGCAGCGUAGCAAGUUUCCCUAUACCGCACGAAGUAGUGCUAGGGUGAUUCGUCAUGCCGUCAGUAUUGACGAAAGACGAGCCAAGUUCCGUCAAGAUCUCAUGUAUCAAGAUCGACCAAAGCAGAACCCAGAAAAGCACCACCAUUGGCACAAGGCCAUUAAUGACCUCCGUGAAGACAUCCGCGAGGACCUUCAUCCCCACGAAGAGCGAGGAAGAAAGCCUUCCCACCUUUUUCCCAACGACAAGCGAGGCCAAAAGAAGGGAGGCGAAUUCCAACGAUAUCGAGCUCGCUCAAAGUCAUGCCGAAGACAAGCUCAAAGUGGUGACCCCGACACCUUCUCUAAUUUGUCGGGACUUGCCCUCUCCGAGAUCAACAACAUCGACGACGAUGACGAACAAGAUAUGGACGAAGUCUGGUUUUCUGGAGGACACGCUGAUGUCGGCGGAGGUUGGGAGAUCCACGAAGGUAGCAAGAGUACUAGUCACAUCCCUCUUGCAUGGAUUGUUCGAGAAGCACAACGAGCCGGUCUUCCCUUUGAUGACCAAAAGGUUGCUGAGAUGGGCUGCUGCGUUAGCCAUGAUUGGCAAGCUGCUACAGGAAGACCACCCAUUCCUGACCUUCGAGUUUCCAGUGGCAGCGGAGGUCCAGGUCAUGCCCCAGACAUGCCCAUGGACGAAAAAGAAGACGACCCCAAAGAAAAGUUCCACGGAGUCAUGCACGGCGCUUGCACAGCUCGAAUCCACGACUCACUAGAGUACGGUCAAGGUUUGGGUGCCAUUGCUGUUUCCGCUUGGAAAAUCAUGGAAUACCUGCCCUUCCGUAGAAUGGAUCUCCAGUCUGACGGAUCAUGGAAGCCAAUCCGUUGGCCUCUUCCCGGCGGCGAAACUCGUGAUGUUCCUGAUGGUGUUCGGGUCCAUGGAAGUGUCAUUCGUCGUAUGAAGAUGGACGAGAAUUAUCGUCCUGGAAAUCUCAUCAUCGGAGGUGGUGGUCGGGGCGUUAGAAAAGCACCUGCGAAACAUGGUAUCGGUGAUUGGGAAUGCGUAGUUGAUCACGGUGAUCCAGUUGGUGAGAUUUGGAUGCGAAAGAAGAAGGACGACAGGUUGCACGAUUGA